AUGAUGCUGCUGCUCCUGGUCCCGCUCCUGCUCCUGGCCCUGGCACGGGGGGUCUGGGGAGAAAGGGAGAAGCCUACGUUCUGCGGGGAAGUCACCGAAUGUUUCACCUUUGAUCUCAUCUGCAACAGCUCUGACUACGAGGCCCGGCUAUACCCCCCCUCGGCCUGGGUCAGCACCCGCGUGAACAACACGUACACAGCCGCCAAGACCACCGGCUUCUGGCGCCUCUUCCGCUACAUCCAGGGCUGGAACCAGCUGGGUGCGAAGAUCCCGAUGACGUCACCAGUUCUGACCCGGGUGGACCAGGCUGCUGGGGAGACGCAGGAGUUCACCAUCUCCUUCCUGCUGCCGGCAGCGUGGCAGGGCGACCCCCCGCAGCCCACCCAGCCUGUUGUUUUCAUCGAGCGGUUCCCUGCUCUGCCCACCUACGUUCGCUCCUUCGGGGGGUGGCUCACGGACGCCAAUCGAGGGACCCACAUCCGGGCCCUUGAUGCCUCUCUGGGGCGGGACGCCCGGCACUUCGACCGCUCCUGGCACUACUCUGCCGGCUACAACAGCCCCAUGAAGCUGUUCGACCGCCACAAUGAGGUCUGGCGCCUGGCGUGGGGUGGCCUGGGCUGUGCCCCAGAGUGAGCCUCCCAAGUGUCACCCACUGUCAUCGCGGCCCCACCAGGAAUGAGAAAUCGAGCUCUCUAUUCUGCCCCCAUGAUAGCACUCCCAGUGAGCAGCCCCCCUCAUCUCCCAAUAAAUCCAA